UGAGUACUUCAACAAAAAAAAUUCCCACAGAUAUAAGGAAGACACUUGUAAGAAUGUCGAAAACCGAGUACUAUUCUGAUGAGGAAGAAUUUCAGUGUCCUCUCUGCAUGGAGGAGAUGGAUCUAUCAGACAGGAAUUUCAGACCAUGCCCUUGUGGUUAUCAGAUCUGUCGAUUCUGCUGGCAUCACAUUCAAGAGAAUAUGAACGGUCGUUGUCCUGCUUGUCGUAGGGUAUAUUCUGAGCAAACUAUUGAAUUUAAACCUAUAUCAGCUGAAGAGCUAGCGCGGAUUAAGAAUGAAAAAAAACAAAAGGAACGAGAAAAGAAGGAGCUCGAAGCAAUGAACAGAAAACAUCUAUCCAACAUGAGAGUGGUGCAAAAGAAUCUAGUUUACGUAAUUGGCCUUAGCCCGAAGAUUGCGAAUGAGGAGAUACUUCGGUCGCAUGACUACUUUGGUCAAUACGGAAAGAUUGCCAAAAUCGUUGUCAAUCGUCGAAAUCCUCCGCCGUCGACUGUCCCUGGCGCACCAUCGCCUCAACCUAGUGUUGGUGUUUAUAUUACAUACGUACGAAAAGAAGAUGCGGCACGAGCAAUAGCUGCGGUAGAUGGCAGCAUGUCGGAUGGAAAAGUGCUGAGGGCAUCAUAUGGUACUACAAAGUAUUGUACAUAUUAUCUACGCAACAUGGUCUGUCAAAAUCCAAAUUGCAUGUACCUGCAUGAACCUGGCGAAGAAGCUGACAGUUUUACGAAAGAAGAUUUGGCUUCUGUUAAAUAUCAUCUCAAAGAACACACAAGUACCGAAUCACAUAAACUCAACCAAUUGGGAAGACCACCCUCAUCAGGACCGCCUAGUGUAUUUCCACCGCAUAGUAAUCCGCCACCACACACCACAAUCUCUCAUACUGUACCAUCACAUCCCACAACCUCACAUAGUGUACCGCCACAUUCUAAAAAGAACACAGAGGCACCCCCUCCACAUCGGGCGCUUGGAUUAGAAAUUGACAAAGGAAGUAAUGACGAAAGAGAAGAAGCUUCGGCUUUACCCCCAACGGCUUCUUGGGCUAACAAACCAUCCAGUACAGAAACGACGCCUAUAUUACAUAAUCAACAACUUUCUCUAUCGCAAUCUUCAUUUUCACAUAUAACGCAAUCUUCACAAAAUACAUCCUCAAGUAAUUCGCAUUCACAACAAUCGUCACCACCACCAUUACAACCUUCAGUAAUUCAGGAACAAAAGUCGAAGCGUUUGGUUUCCACAGAUACGCAACCCCUGGGUACAAAAGCAGUCAAAAAAACCGAAUUUUCACAAAUGCCUGUUUCAGUCGAAUCAGUUGCGAACAGAAACGAUGUAGAACGAGAAGCAGAAAAGGAACAAGCGCAACAAUUAACUGUUGAAUCGAACAAGGAAGAAAAGUCUACAGAUAAGAUGAGCCUACUAGAAACCAAUUCACAACAGUUAAAUGACAAAUCACCACUGCUUUCAAUCAAACAGUCAGAUAUAUCUGCUGAUUUCGAUCAAACUCUGUCUGCACUCAGUGACGGCCCCUUUUCUUUCUCUUUUAAUGCACCGUUAUUGAAUAGUUCAGUUAUUCCUGAAGAAAAACAUAAGAAAAUCUCUGUUGUUCCAGAUAAUGGAGUAGUUGGCACUUCACGCAUAGUAUCUCCACCUCCGGGAGUCGGUUUUCCUCUGACAGACGUUUCUAAUGCUAACUUUAGUGUGACUUCCGAAUUUUCUCAACCGCCACCUAUAUCAUAUACUGGCCCUUUCAACCCAUUUGCAUCUGAUGAUGAUAAAUUUGAUCCGUUUACCACCGAAAAUCAACCUUCUCUUAGCGUUCUCAAUAUCCCUACUCUUGGAAACAAUAACAUGUCGGAUAUCUAUUCAAACGAAGGCAGAAUAAACUCGCAAGCACUCUCAAAUUCCGUCAAAUCACGAAAUUCUUCUAGAUUUGGUUUCGCACAGGAAGAUGGUAAUUUUUCACAUUUACAAUCAAGCGAUCCUUUGGCCACGAAAGAUUUACAAGAAGGAUUUCGAGCGUUGUUUCCCAACGUCAAUAUAAGUUUUGGCCCUAGUGAUGUGCACCAAGAAGCUAUGUGGAAUACUUCAAAUGAUUCUUCUACCUUUCCGCCACUGCGUCGUAGUUUACCCCCUGGUGUUCCUAUUUCUGGUAUUAAUCAAGCUCAAUCACUCCUUAAUGCCAACUCUUCUGCAGGUUUGGACCAUAAUUACCACCAAAGCAUAUUGAUGCAACAUCAGCAAUUAAACGGAAAUAAUGUUGCUCCAUCCAUAAAAUCACCGCCUCCUGGAAUAUACACACAAAACCCUCGAAUCGAUUACGGUGUAACCGGCUGGAAUCCACAAAAUGCACCAUGGAAUAUUGAUGAAGAAUAUGGGCAACGUCAACCAUCCCAUCCUCCCUCACAUCAAACUCAGCCAUUUGUACCGGGCAUAACACGACAUUCCCGAGAUGAGGCCCAGGACUUUUUCGGAGCUUUCCUAAAGGCUGCAGCAGUUAGCACAAAUACUCACGACGACGUACCUAAUGAAGAAUCUCUACCUAAUAUUCUCCAAGACCCGGCCAUAAUGUCUGUUCGUAUUUCUCAAUCCGACAAUCCAUACAGGGCACCAGGUGCACCGGUUGUUCAACAACAGCAAUUUCAACCGAUCCAAAAUGUAGGGAGCCAUCGUUUAAGUGUUUUUGAACGGGUAGCGAGAACGGGGGACGAACAAAUUAAUAGUGGGUUCGGUGUAGGAAUUGGAUUGGGUAAUGUAGAUGCAG